AUGACAAAUCAUCUUAUCUCACUAGAAUGUGUGUCAUCAUUUACACGCAAAUAUUACACUGCAACAACAUAUACAAAAAGAAUAAGAUCGCGUAAUUCGUUUCCAUUGGAGAGCAAUUUCUCAACGCUAGGUACCGCAGUUGAAAAAACGCCAGUCUGUGCUACUGAUAUUAACGAUGUACUUGGCAAUUGCCGUUUAUUCACAAAACUCACAAUCGACACGGGAACAAAACAAGUCGUUCCAACAAAUCCGACCGCAGUGUCAAGCGUUCAAGUUUCUCCAAAAGCAAAUCGUCGAUUUUCCAGCGACGAACUUCGGGAAGCCAUUGAUAAUGUAGACAUUUCAUCAGACGCUGUUAAUGACCAAAUUACCGAAAUUGGGGAAAUCGAAUCUGGUACUGAUACACAUGGAUAUGGCGAGAUUAUUAAACGGUUGGAUCGUGUGGAAGCAUUGCAACUGGCUGCAGCGAAGAGAGAUGCUCAAAUUUUGGUUGCAGUUAAAAAAUUGUGCCUCGCUUACACUAAAUACAACGACGACAACGAUGAGAUCAAAAAAAUGUUACCAAUGAAAAGCCAACCACAAUUCGACGAAAUAGAAAUACGACUUACAGCAGAGCCCACACUCGUAGAAAAGUUUAGAGCAUAUCUUCGUGGGUUUAAGACCUCGAAUAAUCCUGUUAACUUCACUUCCAUGCUGAGCGUGCUGAUGAGUGACGAAUUGGUAGACAGUUAUAACUACAAAGGAAUCUUGAAUAAAGCGAAAUUAGAGGGCACCAAAAUCGUCGAUAUCAUACAUGACCUGCACAAGCCGAUGGAUAUUAAAACGUUUGCGAAAUUAAUGCGUGAAACCAUCGACCUGGCAAAAAACCGACACCACAAUGAACAAUAUCGUAAGCGACAAAUGAAAUUGGCACAACAAAUGGACUUGUGAUCCAUACAUUAAAAUCACAUGACGGGCUGGUAGAUAAUUUAUAUUUUUAUUCUCUGUUUCCAUUUGAUGCUGUACUGAGUAAGCUCCUCAAUUUUUAUAUUCAUUUCCUGUACUUGUAGUUUAUUCGUUUUUUUUAUUUAAAUUUUAAUGAACUGAGAUAACAAUUAAUUUGGGCUGUGUGAACUCGCGACGACGAGCUUAUUUUCAUUCGUAAUUUUUUAUAUUGUGUAACGAUUCUUGUGCUUUCUUAUUUCUCGAUUUAUUUUCAUUAAUUUGUUGGACUUAAAGUCCAUUUGAAUUUGUCACUUAAAUUUUAAUGAACUGUGUAUGUGAUAACUAUUUGGGCUGUAACGAUUUGUUAUAUUA